UUUUACUUUACUGCAGUCAGCCCGUUGCCAAUAAAGACAUCAGCAACCAUCCGGGUAAGAAAUCGAAGAAACAGUUUGAACGACACUUCAACUGGCAUCACCAUACAAGAAGUGAGAAAAGAAAUUAGCAAACAGUUUGAACAACUUAUGCCCACUAAGUACUGUAAGUCAAGUGAGAAGGUAUGUCCAGCAGGUCCCCCCGGAUAUCCUGGUCCCAUUGGAGCGAGGGGACCACGUGGCAGGAGGGGAUCAAAGAGGUCCUCAAGGUCCCAUGGGGCCUCCUGGAAAAUCUGGAAAAACAGGAAUAACGGGUCCUGCAGGACCGAGAGGAGAAAAGGGAGACAAAGGAGACUCUGGGCCAAAAGGCAUUCCCGGGCCACCUGGAAGGCCUGGAAAAUCGAUAUCUGCCCCACAAGUGAUGUUGUCGCCGAAUAAACAGACUCGAGAUGAAGGUGGAAAUACGGCGUUUUAUUGCACGGUGGUAGGAAAUCCUUCCCCAGUCGUGGAAUGGCAAUUUAUGGGCAUAAAACUUCUGUCAGGUGCAAAGCAUUUGAUUAAAGAAGGAGAGUUGAUCGUUAGAAAUCUGAAUUACAGCGAUGCUGGGCCGUACACAUGUGCAGCCAGAAACAUUCUUGGAUCGUCUGAGGCCACAAGUAACUUAUCUGUUCGAGGUGAGAGGAGUAUUUUACUUUUGAGGUCUCUUAAAUAAGGCCGUUUAAUUUUGUUUGAUAUGUCAGUAUAUGUUUCAUGUCCUCCCAAGGUAAUAAGGUUGCAAGAUUUGAACAUCACUUUUUUAAACAUCCAAGAAAACCUGUAAGACGUUAAGGCAUAGAGCACCAUCUUCAAUGAAUCAAUCAAACAAUAACUUUUAUUAUUAAUGUGUCAUAGCUUUUAGUGCAACACAAGUGGUGAACUAAUCGGGGACACUCCCCCUGACAUAUUACCUUAGAGUGAGUUAAUUGAGCUAGCCUGAUGCCUCACUGAUGAAACACCUUGUAAAAUGCCUGGGACGAUUUGUGACCUUUUCACACGCUUUUAAUACGGUUUUUUGCAUCUGAGUAGCCGUAUCUUCAAAUUCCAAAAAAAGACACUGAAAGAGUUACUAACCAAUCAUUUGAAUUGGUUUCUCCUUUCCUUUUCCUUUCUGCUAUACAGAUAAAAAUAUUGUACAAAGUUUCUCGAAAAAGAAAAGAUCCAUGGGUCGUCAUCUUUGUCAGUUGCAAUCGUUUGGACCAUUAGGGCUUUAUAGUAUAAACCAGAUAAUUUUUCUUUUCAGGUCUUCCAAUCUUCACAAAAGUUCCACCUGCACUUGCCACACCAGCACAAGGCACUACGUUUCAAGUAACCUGUCAAGCAGACGGCUAUCCUCGUCCUGUAGUAACCUGGAUUCGAGCGGUGCUACCUUUUCCUGCCGGCAGGACUGAGGUAAACAGGGGUACAUUAACCAUUAAGAACCAAAACCCGGCUGACAACGGUUUGUACGAAUGUAUGGCAACAAACAGCAUUGGAACGAAGAAGGCCAGGAUCAAUGUGGCAGUACAACGUAGCUCAGCUGCAGGUUUGUCUUAUGCGGCAAGGCAGGGGCGGAUCUAGGAUUUUUCUAAGGUGGGGUUGCACCUCUGGAAUUGCUUAACUGACUGGUGACGUAAACCAGGAGCCUAUUACAUUAGGCUUUUUCAGUGCCAAACUACCCCUUUUACGGCGUUUAACAUAAAUGCUUCAACCUCGCUUCAUGUUUUACUUCAACACCAAUAAACCACAUAGUUUUAUUUGCAGUAUACCAGUUGUAUUAGAAAGCCGCAGGUCAUUUUAGGGGGGUGCAGUGCGCACCCCUGCACCCAACCCCUAGAUCCGCCCAUGCAAGGUCUGCACAGACAUAAAUUGAACAUUUAGUUACAUGUAACAUAAUCCUUAAUGGAGACCAUGGUUUACAGAUUGUAGAGAUUGAACAGCCAUUAUAUCCAGUUCAAGACAAAUUUGUUACGGCACUAUCACAACAUCACUCAAACUUCUUAACUUGAAUUUGUGUAGUAUUGACAGUGAUGGUCUUUCAUAUUGCUAUUAAAUGAGGGUCAUUGUUAGAGGUUGUCCUGUGUGUAGCAGGUUCUUAACGGGAAAGGGGGAGCCUUCACUAGAGUUUGAAUUUGAAAUACUAAAACCAGACUAAAACGUUCCUCGCCAGAAAAUAAAGUGGCGCUUGAUAUACAGUCUCUUGUCACUUGGAUCCCGUUACACUUGACAAGGAAAUGAAUUAAUGAAGAAUUUUUAAACAGUUCUACAUAUCCUUGGCCAUAACCGUGUUUUUUUGCCAAAUAAAAGAAGUAGAUUUUGUUUCCUCCCAGGUUUGCACGACUCCUUUAUUGUGGGAAGCAACAAAAAUUAUUUAACCUCGUUAAGCAACUGGCUGGCACCUGUGGCAAAAAGCGUUAAUUCUCUCUGGAAACGCUGUUGGCGUGCAUCCGUGGACGGCUGGGCUGGAAGUACAUUUCACUCCCAAUGUGACGGCAAGGGCCCGACUGUGACAAUAAUAAGGGUCGGGAGAUACAUUUUUGGAGGAUACACCAGUAAAUCCUGGCGUAAGUGCGCAUUGUAAGGGGCGGUUACCUGUACCUUUGCAGUUACUUGCAUGGAUAUGUUGGGCUAAAAGUGCAGCUUGAUAGCUUGGCACUGAGCAAUGUGGAGUAAGUUUGACCUUGCAUGGUUAAGCAGUAGCCGAUAAAGGAUUCAGGUUGGCGGAUCUAGAUUCGGACGCGCACUCCCUCGCCCCUCUAAAACCAAGGACCCCCCUCCUUGACUCACAAGGAAUUAGCAAAUAUGGCAAAAAAACAACUACAGCAACAGAUUUUUUUGUUGAUCAUGAUUUCAACAGAUUUGCUCUAUACAAGUUACAACAGGAAAUAUCUAAUCACCCGAGGUUUUCUUUAUUAUUCUUCAAAUAUUUUUUGCUCGAAUCAAGAGAGGAUAAAGGGGACAGAGAAGGCAUCCCCCAUACACACCGUAUUCCAUAGGUAAUUCGUCUCGAGUUAUUUUUAAGACCACAGAUCCCAAGGGGGAUUAGACAACAGCCAAUCACAUAGCGGAAAUGUGUUGCGCGUGGAUGACCCACGCUCAGAGCCACGCGUCCUUCACGAAUUGACUAGCAGAUUUCUGCUAAAGCUGUGACAGCGAAACGGAAAUUAAGAAAGAAUCGCCCAUCCUCUCUUGUAUAGAGCUAACAGUGCAGCAGAGAAAUACUUAACACACUGAAUAUUCUCUCAAGAUCAUUUAUAAUUUACAGUUUGAAGAGAGCAAUUUAGGGUUUGAUGUUUAUUCUUUUAUUUACAACAACAAUAACACUUGGCAUCCUACUUGCUUUAUUGUACCAACGACCGGUUUCAAUAGACCGGCGAAAUUUCUCAUUUUAUUAAAGCACUGAGGUUACGACAACUUCGAGUUAAACUAAUUUAACGGGUUGUCAAAGAGUCCAGCGAUUCCCUUUUCCCAGGUUAGCGCCGAUUCAUUUCGCUUCAAUAUUCAGGAAUGCUCUCAAUCUCUUUACACUUUCAUUGCCUGUCGCCCGAGAUGUUUUGCACGGCGUUUAGUCAUGCGAAACCUCCACGAAACAUCCACGCAGCGCGCGAGGUAACUUUAUCCCGAUUCUAAAAAUAACUCGAGACGAAUUACCUAUGGAAUAGGGUGUGUAUGGGGGAUGCUCUCUCUGUCCCCUUUAUCCUCUCUUGCUCGAAUCUAUUGCUUUGUAAAUGCAAAUUUUUGCUUUUAAACAGCUCUCAUAGACGAAAACCUUAGCUCCGGUAAGCGAACAGUCUCUUAGGUUUCAGGACCCCGAUUGUUAACCUCCCGUUCAAAAAGUGGCUGCUUGCGGAAGAUUUUAUUGCACGCAAUUUUAGUUUAAUUUUUAAAAUAAAACACUGCAGGCUCCUGACACAUUCUCAUGGUUAUUUUAUCAAUAAUUUAUAAAGCACUUAGCAUCUGUAAAUUUUGUUCCAUUAAUUGUAUAUUACUAGGCGACAGUGAUUUACAUUUUUCGUUUUAAUUGGAUGUGUUUGGAGUUAUUCCUGUCGAGGGUAUAGAUGUAAGCAGGGUCAUGAUUAAUCAUGAGUGGAUUUCAAUUCAAGGGGUAAUCGGCCGUGUAUUCCAAAGUUUUUAUUUGCUUUUUUAAUGUUAACUGGAAUGAUAUAUGUUGAUAAGAUAGAGAAGAACUAAAAAAAUUCUUGAGUUCCAGAUAGGAAUUAAACCCGCGACACCAUCCAUGACGUAUCCAUGAGGUAUUGGGAACUUUAGUACUGGUUUGGCAAAAAGACAGUGCUAUAUCGCGCCCUAAUUUUUUUUGUUUUUUUUAAUUUUUGUUUUUUUUAUGAGUCUGGUGUUCAUUCUACAAAACAUACAUAUAUCAGUGUGAAGGAAGGUAUAAAAUAUAAACGAACCUUUAUCUUGUGGCAUGUGUCACUGCACAUGACGGGUGCCUUUUGCAAGUGAGUAUCAGAAAAAUAUCCCAAAUGUCACUUUUAUUCCAGCUCUAUUUUCUUGUAGGUUCUGGCUCUAGGUAUUGGUACGACUCAAACGCCUUUUUAUUCUCACUUGUAAACAAGCCAGGAUGGGGACCCGUUAGGCUGCCUCAGACAGGGAAAUAUAGCUCCAGAAGGCAAUAUUCCAUAGAAGAUAUUCCAUCAUACGGGCCUGCAUUCGGAGGAGGACAUGACAUGCACGUAUCAGACUUCGCGUCAUCCAAUCGCAAUUCAUGUAGUAACCUUGGCUAUACUUACUGCCCACCGAGCGGGUACACCUACAGCAGUACCUUCGCCCGAACAUUCCUGGCAGGAACAUACCAGUUCACACCAGGGGAAAUAGAAACGUUUUACGAAACAACGCAAGUUAAAUAA